CCGGCGAUCAAGGGGUUCCGGGGUUGAUAUAAAGCGAUUCGAGACUUUAUUCUUCCCCGGACUCCUUGCAAGUCAACAAGCAGACACAUAGACAAGCACAGCUCAUUCACAGACAAAAACACCUAGCAACCGAUUCAACAUGGCCUCACCUUUGACCACCACCACGCUGCCCGUCCCUCCUGGGGCCGUCGCAAAGGUCAGCAUCAUCGACCUCGAGAGCCGGGGCCAUGGCAUGCCCUACUCCAUGCUCCUCACACCCCCCUGGGAGGGCCUUGAUGUCCUCAACAACUUCCCCGACUUUUGCUUCCUGGUGGAAAGCUCCGCGGGCGAGAAGCUGUUGUUCGACCUAGGCUUCCCGCUGGACAUCGACUCGUUCCCACCAGUCGUCAGCAACAUGUGGAAGAACUCGGGUGUGGUCCUCGACAUGAAGAAGGAUGCGGCAGGCAUUCUGAAAGAGCACGGGGUUGCACUGGAGGAUAUCGGCGCCGUAGUGUGGAGUCAUCACCACUCCGACCACAUCGGCGACAUCAGGACGUUUCCCAAGUCCACUGACCUUGUUGUCGGGCCAGGGUUCAAGAAGGCGUUCUUCACCGUCUUCCCCACCAACCCCUUGUCUGAGCUCCACGAGAGUUAUUUCGAAGGCCGCACCCUCCGCGAGAUAGACUUUAGCGACGCAUCCCGCACUCUCACCAUCGGCGCCUUCCGCGCGUACGACUUCUUCGGCGACGGGUCGUUCUAUCUGCUGGAUGCACCCGGGCACGACCACGGGCACCUGGCCGGUCUGGCGCGCACCACGUCCAGCAGCGCGACGGCGGCGGGCGAUGGCGACAAGGACACAUUCAUCUUCAUGGCGGGCGACCUGUGUCAUAACGCCGCGGAGCUACGGCCGAGCGUCCACCUGCCGCUGCCCGAGGGCCACCACGAGGAGCAUGGCAGCAACGACAGCGGCACGUGGAGCGCAGCACACGAGGAUAACAAAGAUUCGCGUCAAUACCCGUCGCUGUCACCAUGUAUAACGACCGCGCUCAUCUCGGCAAUCAAGCAGAAGCAGCUCCAGCGCGGCCGCAGGGUGGACGAGCCGUUCUUUGACGCGGCGCUGUACGUCGACGCGGACCUGGCCGCGCAGUCGAUCCGGGACGCGCAGGUCGCCGACGCGGACGGGAACGUGUUUGUCGUCAUGGCGCAUGAUGCUACCAUCUACAGCGCCGACGGCGGCGAUGGUGGAGAGAAGAGAAGCAAGGUCGAGUUCUUCCCGGCGUGGGCGAAUGACUGGAAGAAGAAGGGGUGGAAGGAGGGCGUGAUGUGGGAUUUCCUGGGACAGAUGCCCGUCUGACGAUCGGCGUCAGGGAGCUUUCUUACACGAAAUGCUCAAAGUGCAUGGCACGAGGAGAUCGGUUGAAGGUGUAGGAACGCGUAGAUGACAACAGUGUGUACUUGAUAGAUGGCAGAGGACAUUAGAUCAACCAAGUCGGACCUUAGUACCUGUCUGUCGGACGUCAAACGUGGCCUUGAAACGUCUGUUCAGUCAGCAGAUUCAACAUGGUCCUUAUUGGAGCGCGGUAGCGUUGUUCAUGUG